UCCUUCGUCCACUCUCCAUUUAUAAAGUCCAACUCUUUUCCAACACUCACUUUCAUCGCCGGCGUUACCAACCACCGUCCACCGCCGUCAUGGACGUCAAAACCUCCCAACCAACCACCGUCCACCCUUCCAAACCACCCUUCACUGAUGACCACAUCCUCCCUCUCUCCCACCUCGACACCGAUCGCAACAUGAACGUCCCAUUCCGUUACGUCCGAGCCUACGCCGCCACCAACCACCACCACCCACCCACCGAUCCAUUUGACGUCAUCACCGCCGCCCUAUCCACUGCCCUAGUAAAAUACUACCCAUAUACUGGAUCCCUCCACCGCCGUGACAGUGACGGCCGGUUUGAGCUCCACUGCACGGUUGGCAGUGGAGUUCCGGUCAUUCCAGCCACCGUGGACUUUCCGUUGAGCUCGGUUAACUAUCUGGAUGAUGCUGAAGAGGAGUUCAUUGAACAGUUGGUUCCGAAUCCGGAUCAGGAUACGCUUUUGAAAAAUCUGUUGAUCUUACAGGUGACCCGGUUUAGUUGUGGCGGGUAUACUCUGGGGGCAUCGGUGCAUCAUGUGUUGUGUGAUGGGCUCGGGGCGACGUUGUUUUUUAAUGCUAUGGCUGAGGUGGCUCGAGGGGCGGUUGAGGUUACGGUUGAACCGGUUUGGGAGCGGUCGAAGUUGCUGGGCCCUAGAGAGCCGGCCAGGACGGAGUUUCCGAUUGAAGAGUUUUUGUCUUUGAAUAAGGACUUUGUACCAUACACGGAAGUGGUGGAAAAAGUGGUUAGAGAGUACUUUCAUGUGAAGGAUGAGUGGUUAGACCGGUUUAAGACUUUUCUACAAGAAAAGUCCGGUUUGAGUUUUACGACUUUUGAAGCAUUGGGUGCUGUUCUAUGGCAAGCAAGGGUGAAAGCAUCCAAAAUUCCAAGAGACGAGGAGGUGAAAUUUGCAUACGCAGUGAACAUAAGAAGGGUAGUAAAGCCACAGCUGCCAGCCGGCUACUGGGGCAACGGCUGCGUUCCAAUGUACGUAAAGACCACAGCCGGAGAUCUGAUCGAAAAACCCAUUUGGGAAACUGCUGAACUGAUCAAAAAGAGCAAGAGAAAUGUGAGUGACGAGUAUGUUCACUCGUUUAUCGAUUACCAAGAACUAAACUACAAGAAAGGGAUCAAUGCUGGCCGGAGUGUUGGUGCAUUUACUGACUGGAGGCACUUGGGCCACUCAACGGUUGACUUCGGUUGGGGUGGUCCGGUCACGGUUCUACCCCUCUCAAGGAACCUUUUAGGAAGUGUUGAACCAUGCUUCUUCUUGCCGUAUUCGGAGGCUAGCCAGGGGAAGAAAGAUGGGUUCAAGGUGUUGUUGUAUCUACGCGUGAAUGCGGUUGCUAGUUUUCGAGAAGAGAUGGAGAAGUUUGGUAAUAUGGCGUAUGUGUAGGCCCUUUUUAUUUGUAUUUUUUUCUGCUUUUUUUUCCAGCGACUACAUGUCGACAAUCAAUCUUUAUGCAUUUCAUAUAAGAGUCUAGUGAAUGACAAGUAUACCACAACAUUCAUAUUAUGAUUCUGUCAACAUUAAACAAUGCUUGUUAUGAAUUAUGAGCAUGAAUAAAAGUACCUGAAACCUUCAUAGCA